UGUCAGCUCAUUUUAUUCUCAAUAUUUCUGGCAGAAAGCAGGUAGUUCCUCACUGGGUUCUUUCAUAGCGCCAAAUCUCUCCCUCAUCCCACUAAUGUUAUAACGAACAUCUGCACAAGUUCAGCAGAAAGAUAGUGAGGCCAUAAGGGGAAUAUAUUAAGUCGUUUACAUAAAUUAAAAGUAAUCCUGCUUUGCUUUUGGGAAAGUGUUAGUGCUUAUUGGGGCAAAAAAAAAAUAAUAAUUAUGGAUAGCAACUACAAAUUAUUUCAAGUUAAUUCUCAUUUUCUAUUAUACCUCUUUGGCUUAGCUAUUUUAUCAACCUCCCAUUUCACACGUAAAUCAAGGGUUAUUUUCCAGUUAAUAUUUAAUGCUUCUUAGUGUAAAUAGUUUAUCACCAAAUUAUGAUUAAAAAUUAAAAAUGAAAGAUUUGUAUCUUCCUUAUGAACUGGAUUCAGUGGUUCACAGUUUUACCAAAGCUGUCAUUAGGACCGGACACUAUCACCAGUACAAAUUGCUAGGUUUUCAAGACAAACUAUUUCAAAUCAUGGGAGAUGCUUCAGAGUAGCACUCUAGAAUAGAGAUGCUUCAAUCGUAGGUUUUAAUGCAGCUCCCUUAAAGAGUUUUGUCUGUAAAAGUCAUUACUUAGAAUUGCUGGGCCAGGAAGAAAAAUGUUCAUUCAUAAUUGUUAAUCUAGUCCUUUGGGAUUAUAAACAUGGUGUUUUCCCAAUUGAUCCUGUGCUAAACAUAAAAUUGGAAGUGUUUAUCCAGCUGACUCUAUCAGAAUCAUGGACACUGUUUUGUUAAAGACUUGCACAAGGACUGGGGUAACAGAGGACUCAGCUUCCUUCUAUACACUGUCUCUCACUGUGUUGCUUCUGUAACACUGAUGGUUUGCUUGUCACUCCCUUAUCAACAUGAGGUGUUUCUACCAACACUGAUAGAUAUUACCACAGAAAUUAAGAGAGAAAUCACAAGGCAACUACAGCUACUUAAGUGUAAGUAUCCUAGGACGCUAUUUAGGCAUAAAGGACACAACUGUUAGCAAAAGAAAGAAUAAUUCAGUCAAGAAAAUAAGACCACGAACCAGGAAGUGUUCCUAGCAGGUCCAGUUCCAUGUUUAAAAGCAGGCAUUCACAUAAGUAAAGACUUCUGUAUAGACUUUUACAAGAAGCCUUGAGAGAAACUCUGUAACUUCAGGGUAAACAUAAAAGUUAUCCUAGGUUAAAAUGUGGUUAAAGGGUAAAACAAGACAGUAGUAUUUAUUUCUACACUUACCAGUCAUUUCCCUGAGAGGUCACAAGCCUCAAAGCAGCUCAGCCUGAGUUCUCCCCAGCUGCAGCUUGUUUAAUUUAUUAGGCUAAUGUUUCUCUCAAAAUCCCCACCCUUCUACAGUCUUUCUAAGCUGUGGUAAUGUGGUUUCUUAGGAGUAAGUGACUGUGUCUCUGCUGUCUGAGAAGUCCCCUGUGUACAGCACAGCACCUGCAGGAGGAAUUCAUUUCCCUCUUUGAAAGAGAAACUCCAUUGAAUGGCCAAGCAACAGGGGCAAAAAAGCAAUCAGGGCAGCAGUAUGGAACCAAAGGACAGCGCGAAGAACCUGCUAACAAGCACACAGUGCCUGAAUAACCACAAGUCACAACUCAGAAGAUCUGUUGAGAAGGUGAACAAAUGCAUUCAGGUUGAUGUGGACUUGGAAAUGGAGAAUCCCAGUGUAGACUUGAUUCUUUCUCCAAAAAUCAGCCUUUCCAAGAAGCCUCGACAAUGUUCAGGGAACACAUCGUCACCCAAGCAAGGUGUCUCCUCGCCCUCCCAAGGGCAGCCAGCUAUGCCAGCUCUGCUACCAUUGCUUCCACCACCUCCAUCCCUUCCUCCUAGGUGUAAAAUUCCUCCUGCACCCCUCCUCGUGCCUGGCAUAAAUGCACCAUCACUUCCACCUCACCAGCUGUGCAGUAACCCCGAGUGCAGCCAUUUCACUUGUGGAUACAUUGAGCAACCCUGCCCUAAGAAGACACCGAAGCUAAGGAUGAAGGUGUUUCACUGGCAGAAGCUCCCCUCUGACGUGGUGAGACAAAGCCGCUCCAUGUGGGCUGUGGCACCAAGUGACAACAAGGAGCUUGUAGAACCUGACUAUGCAAGCCUGGAGCUACUUUUCUGUGCCUCACCAACAAAACCAAAGCAGACAAGACCAACAAAGAAGUCAAAAGAGGUCACAUUCAUUAAUCCAAGGAAGAGCCUCCUCCUGAAUAUAUUUCUGAAGCAAUUUAAGUGCUCCAAUGAAGAGAUUGUUAGCAUGAUUCAGAAAGGGGACAGAUCCAGGUUUGAUGCUGGGAUACUGAAACAGCUACUUAAACUGCUGCCUGAAAGCCAUGAGAUAAACAAACUGAAAUCUUGCAAAGAAGAAAGGUCAGAACUCGCAAACGCAGACCAGUUUUAUCUCCAUCUCUUGGAAGUUCCUAGCUACCAGUUGCGAAUUGAAUGUAUGCUGAUUUGUGAGGAAACACAAAUUCUUCUGCAGUGUCUGUGGCCAAAAGCACAAGCCAUCAGGACAGCUUGUGAAACACUUCUUACCAGUCACCGACUGCCAGUUUUCUGUCAAUUGAUUCUUAAAGUUGGAAACUUUCUAAACUAUGGGCAUCACACUGGAGAUGCUGGAGGUUUUAAAAUCAGCACCUUGCUCAAGCUAACAGAAACAAAAGCAAACCAAAGCCGCAUUACUCUGCUUCACCACAUUUUGGAGGAGGUUGAAAAAAACCACAAAGACCUGCUGCAGCUUCCCAGAGAUCUUGACUUUGUUUCCAAGGCAGCAGGGUUCCACUUUGAUACUAUGCGGGCUGAGGCAGGUGAUAAUCUGAAGAAACUGCUGGAAAUAGAGAAGCGUUUAUUUUUGUCAACAGAGGAUUUAAAAAUACAGCACGCAAAAUUUGUUCAAAGCAGUGUCAGCGCUUCAAAGGACCUGCAAGAGGAGUUGGCCAACAUCGAAAAGAAGAAAGAAGAACUAGCUGACUAUCUUUGUGAAGACCGAAAACAAAUGUCCUUGGAAGAUGUAUUUAACACAAUGAAAACCUUCAGGGAGCUCUUCCUCAAGGCCUUGCAGGUGGAAAACCAAGAAAGGAAGGAGCAAGCUGCAAAGUCUGAGAAAAGGAAGAAAGAACUUAAAGUUGAAGACACAAAGAGGCUAAAGGCGGAACAUGGAAAGAGCAGUGUAUUUAGGAAAAAAUGAUUCAUUUUUUAUUAGCCAGACUUUUAUUAUUUAGGAGCAGGUUACGUGUUUAGCUGUGGGUGGCCUAACAGAGUAAGAGUGAUAUAGCCACUGCUGAUGCUGUUGUGAAACAGAAAGCUUAGUAAAACAUCAAUUUUCAGGGGCUCAUGAAUGAGCAGAAGAAAUCAUGACAGAAAUGCUAGAGAACAUAUCACUCCCAAUGAGCAAGUUGCUCCCAUUUUUCUUAAAGUUGGGUAAUAUACUGGUAUUGCUCUGAACAGCUGUUUGAAGGCUUUUAAGGAACACAAGGUAGCACAGACUUGAACUUCAAGCUACUACCUUGUUACUGAGCUAAACAAGCUGUGUCGUGUAUUACUGUUACCUCAACCUUCCCUUUUUUCUGACUGAAGUUCUGAUUCCUUUGAGUGGUUAUGUCUGUACUUUAAUAAUAUGGCUUGCUGAAAAAUAGCAGUCUGAUGUAAAUCCAGAAAAGCUUUUGCUGAGCCAGGUAUGAGGUAUUUCUAGUGUAAAUAUUAGCAAUAUUAAUGCUUCUUCCUGUUGUUGGCCUUCUUUUAGUUCCUCCAUCAAAACUACUCAUCUUUAGAAAUGCAUUUUAAAAAUACAUAUAAAUAUAUUGAAAACUGACCAAAAGAAUGUUUCCCAUAUUGUCUUGACGAGCUGUACUGCAUUUUAUCUGCUUUGCAUACCUAAUGUACAGCUGCAGAUUCAAACAAUAAACCUUUUCUGAUGUAACUACAGACAAGCAACUUAGUAUGCGGUAAAACAGUAUUAUAAAGUAACAUCAAAAAGUAAGAGUUAAAGGUAUGUGUCCACCCUAUGAAGAGCAAGAACACCAGACAAGAAUACGUAUUUUCACUGCACUGUUUAGAUGGAAGUGUCAUAGUUUUCAGUGUCUUGUGAAAAGUAGAUUUCUUUGGAUAUAAUUCUAUACAGUACUUUAGAAAAAUGUGCUGAGUACAGGGGAUGAUGAGAAUCGGGCAUUUUUUACAAUCUUGUUUUAUCUGCAUCAGGAUCAGAUAUGGCAGAGAACUGGAGAUCAGAUUCUUUAGCCUAUGUGUAAUUGUAUUUUAUUUAAAUCACAUACUUAACAAAUGAGACAACUAUUUUUUCUGAAGGAGGGACUGAAAAGAGAUUAAAUUUAGCGAAAUAAAAGGCUUGGUACCAUGUGAAAUAA